AUGGAAAGUGAGGUUUUUACGCCAUUGUUGGAACAAUUUCUGCUCACGCCUUUGGUCGCCUGGGUUAAGGCGGCUGGGCAUUCAUCAGGAAACGAUGGCACCAAACUAUCGGAAUACAUUGAAUUGUUGGAUGGCAUUUAUUUAAACGAGAUCAUGCUUGAGAUAAAUCCAAAAGCCACUGUUCAAAGAACCAACAAGAAAGUGAACAAUGACUCAACACUGCGCAUACAAAACCUCUCCAUCCUGAUCCGGCAGAUAAAGUCGUACUACCAGGAGACCCUCCAGCAGCUGGUGGCGAUGCCUCUCCCCAACGUGCUGGUGCUGGGCAGGAACCCGCUCAGUGAGCAAGGUCUGGAGGAGAUGAGGAAGCUGUUGUUGCUGUUGCUUGGCUGUGCUGUCCAGUGUGAGAAGAAAGAAGAGUACAUCGAGAGGAUCCAGACCCUAGACUUUGACACAAAAGCUGCCAUAGCAUCUCACAUCCAAGAGGUGACCCACAACCAGGAGAAUGUUGUGGACCUACAGUGGCUGGAGGGGGGUGACCUGCCCUCAGAGGACCUGGACUCCUUCUCCAGGAACAUGGCCUUCCAUCUCAAACGCCUGGUGGACGAGAGAGACGACCAGCUGGAGACCAUUGUGGAGCUGACCCAGGAGAGGGACUGUGGACAGUACUCUCCCCCGCCCCUCUUUGCCCAGUCGCCCAACGACUCGCCUAGCAUGCGCCGCACAGAGAGCCGCCAGCACCUGUCUGUGGAGCUGGCCGACGCCAAGGCCAAGAUCAGACGCCUGCGCCAGGAGCUGGAGGAGAAGAGUGAGCAGCUCCUGGACUGUAGACAGGAGCUGGACAAUAUGGAGACUGAGAACAAGAGGAUUCAGCAAGAGAGCCUGCAGUUGUUGUCAGAUGCACGUUCUGCCAGGGCCUAUCGUGACGAGCUGGACGUUCUGAGAGAGAAGGCCAUCAGAGUGGACAAGCUGGAAAGUGAAGUGGGACGCUACAAGGAGAGGCUCCAUGACAUUGAGUUCUAUAAAGCUAGAGUGGAGGAGCUGAAGGAGGACAACCAGGUUCUGCUGGAGACCAAGGCCAUGCUUGAGGACCAGCUAGAAGGAACCAGGGCUCGCUCUGACAAACUCCACGAACUGGAGAAAGAGAGCCUGCAGCUCAAAUCCAAGAUCCACGACAUGGAAAUGGAGCGGGACAUGGACAGGAAGCGUAUUGAGGAGCUGCUAGAGGAGAACCUGGUGCUAGAAAUGGCCCAGAAACAGAGCAUGGACGAGUCUCUCCACCUGGGCUGGGAGCUGGAGCAGCUCUCCAAGACCCCUGAUCUGACAGAGGUGCCUCAGAAGUCACUGGGCCACGAGGUGAAUGAGCUGACGUCCAGCCGCCUGCUGAAGCUGGAGAAGGAGAACCAGGCCCUGCUGAAAACCGUAGAGGAGCUGAGGGGCUCUGCCAGCGAGGACGCCCCUGCACACCGCCUCAAGGCCGACAAGGAGAACCAAAGGCUCACCCAGAAGGUCAGAGCACUGGAGAGUGAGCUGAACACAGGCAGGGAGAGUCUGUGCAGUACAGAGAGCCUCAGCACCGACCUGAUGAAGGAGAAGGCUCUGUUGGAGAAAACCCUGGAGACACUGAGAGAGAAUGCAGAUAGACAGGUGAAAGGCUUGGAGCAGGAAAACGAGCAUUUGACCCAGACCGUCUCAUCGCUGAGGCAGCGCUCCCAGGUGGGCGCUGAGGCGCGGGUCAAAGACGUGGAGAAGGAGAACCGCGUGCUGCACGAGUCCAUCCGGGAGACCAGCUCCAAGCUCAACAAGCUGGAGUUUGAGCGCAAACAGCUGCGUAAGGACCUGGAGAUGUACAAGGAUAAGGGCGAGAGGGCCGAGGAGCUGGAGGUGGAGGCGCAGCGGCUGGAGAGGGAGAACGAGGCCCUGCAGAAACGAGUAGCCAGUCUGGGCAUCACCUGUGACAAGGUGGUGUCUCUGGAGAAGGAGAACUCCGAGCUGGAGGCAGAGGGCCGUCGUUUAAAGAAGGUGGUGGACGGCCUGCGGAGCACAUCCUUCCAGCUGGAGGCCCUGGAGAAGGAGAACUCCCAGCUGGACGAGGAGAACCUGGAGCUUCGCAGGACUGCUGAGGUGCUCCGCUCGGCUGGGAACAAGGCGGCUCAGCUGGAGCUGGAGAACCUUGAGCUGGAGAGUGAGAGGAGCCAGCUGAAAAGGAGCCUGGAGCUGCUCAAGGCCUCCUCCAAGAAAACUGAGAGGCUCGAGGUGAGCAACCAGGGCCUGGAUACGGAAAACCAGCGGCUGCAGAAGGCCCUGGACAACAGCAGUCGCAAGAUGCAGCAGCUGGAGGGGGAGCUGCAGGACAUAGAGCAGGAAAACCAGAGCCUGCAGAGGAGCCUGGAGGAACUGAAGAUCUCCAGCAAACGUCUGGAGCAGCUGGAGCAGGAGAAUAAGACUCUGGAGCAAGAGAGCUCUCAGCUGGAGAAGGACAAGAAGCACCUGGAGAAGGACAACAAAAGGCUGAGACAGCAGGCGGAGAUCAGGGACUCCAAGAUGGACGAGGACAACCUGAGGAUCAGCCACCUGGAGAAGGACAACCGCUUGCUGGGCAAGGAGAUGACCUCCUUCAAGGACUCCUGCAACCGCCUCAAAGAUCUGGAGAAGGAGAACAAGGAGCUGGUCAAACAGGCCACCAUCGAUAAGAAGACCCUGGUCACUCUGCGAGAGGAACUGGUGAGUGAGAAACUGCGGACUCAGCAGAUGAACAAUGACCUGGAGAAACUGACCCACGAGCUGGAGAAGAUAGGCCUCAACAAGGAGAGGCUGCUGCAGGACGAGCAGAGCUCUGACGACGACAGGUACAAGCUGCUGGAGUUCAAGCUAGAGUCCACUCUCAAAUCUACUCUGGAGAUCAAGGAGGAGAAGAUAGCAGCCUUGGAGGCCAGACUGCAGGAGUCCUCCAACCUCAACCAACAACUGCGCCAGGAGCUCAAAACUGUGAAGAAGAACUAUGAGGCCCUGCGACAGAGGGAGGAGGAGGAGAGAAUGGUGCAGAGCUCGCCCCCCAGGAGAGGGGACAGGGAGGACUCUCAGGCGGUCAACAAGUGGGAGAAGGAGAGCCACGAGACCACCCGGGAACUGCUCAAGGUCAAAGACCGCCUCAUCGAGGUGGAGAGAAACAAUGCCACCCUACAGGCAGAGAAGCAGGCCCUGCAUACCAACCUGAAGCAGCUGGAGACCCAGAGCAGUAACCUGCAGGCUCAGAUUCUGGCUCUACAGAGACAGACUGCAUCUCUACAGGAGAACAACACCACCCUACAGACCCAGAAUGCCAAACUACAAGUGGAGAACUCCACCCUGAACUCCCAGAGCGGCACUCUCAUGGCCCAGAAUGCCCAGCUUGCGACACAGCAGUCCAGCACGGAGAACGAGAAGGAGGGGGUGGUGAGGGAGAGGGAGGACCUGAGGUCCACCUAUGAGAUGCUACUGAGGGACCAUGAGAAGUUGGCUGCCCUGCAUGAGAGGCAGGCCUCGGAGUAUGAGGGCCUCAUUGGCAAACACGGAGGCCUGAAAAGUGCCCACAAGAGCCUGGAAUCACAGCACAGAGACCUGGAGGACAGGUAUAAUCAGUUGCUGAGGCAGAAGGAUCAGCUGGAGGAGCUGGAGAAACAGCUGAAGGCAGAGCAGGAGAAGAUGCUGUCUGAGAACAAGAGCCACGAGGCCACGGCUAUAGACUACUACAAACUGAAGGAGGCGAAUGAAAAGCUGAACAUGGCACACCGCCAGCUGGUGAAGGAUAAUGAGGGCCUGCAGGUUGACCAUAAGAACCUGAAGAGCCAGAUGAACGGUGCCAAGCUGGAACAGACCCGCCUGGAGGCAGAGUUCUCCAAACUCAAAGAGCAGUACCAGCAGCUGGACAUCACCUCUACCAAGCUCACCAACCAGUGUGAGUUGCUGAGUCAGUUGAAGGGGAACCUGGAGGAGGAGAACCGUCACCUGCUGGACCAGAUCCAGACCCUGAUGCUGCAGAACCGCACUCUGCUAGAACAGACCAUGGAGAGCAAGGACCUGUUCCACGUAGAACAGAGACAGUACAUUGACAAGCUGAAUGAGUUGAGGAGACAGAAGGAGAAGCUGGAAGAGAAGAUCAUGGACCAGUACAAGUUUUAUGACCCCUCACCUCCACGGAGACGAGGGAAUUGGAUCACCCUGAAGAUGAAGAAGCUGAUCAAGCCGAAGAGUCUGGAGCGGAUGCGUUCCCUGACACUGACGCCCACGUGCUCCGAGUCCAGCGAGGGCUUCCUGGGGCUUCCUCUGGACAGCCAGGACUCCUCCUCCAUAGGCUCUGGCUCCAACUCCCUGGACGACACGCUGACACAAAAGAGGAACAGCAUGACAGCUGUGAAAUGGUUGCCCUUUAUGAGGAACAGAUCGAAGGAGAAAGACAAAGCGAAGGACAUCUACCGCCGGUCCAUGUCCAUGAACGACCUGCUGCAGACCAUUGCCCUGGCAGGGGGCCAGUGGGCGGGCAGCACAGAGAACCUGGAGGGGCCCGUGGAGGCCAACGGGGGCAGCAGAAGUCGGCACAUGAAGGAGCUGGGCUCCAUGGCCUACUCCACUAACGCUAUCAACUACGCCACCCUCACUUUGCCCUCUGGCAACAGGGCCAAGAGGAGCCUGAAGAUCAAAGACAACGCUUCCUGUGAAGACGUUCCAGCAUCCUCAGACGACCCCAUUGGGAUCAGAGGUCAAGACUCGAGAGCCUCCAGCCUCCAUAGUAUCAAGACCAUCAGCAGUAAUACCUCCCACUCCGCUCCGCUCGAGGCCAAAGGCACGUUGAACGGAAACCUCAGCAGGCCCCACAGUGAGAGCAGUGGGGAGUUCAGCCUCAGUCUGGACCAGGAGGAGUGGUCCAGCGGGAGCAGCCCUGUCCAGCAGCCCCUGUCCCGCUCCUCUCAUCAGAGCCCCAUGCUGCUGCAGAGGUCCCUGGAACCCCAGGCCACACAGGCCAAGAAGAAGAAUGGCAGCGCCUCAGGCAGCGCCAGCGAGGUGCUCUCUCUACAGCAGUUCCUAGAGGAGCGCAUCGACCCUGCAGAGUCUGGCAGCCAAGAGAAUCUGACCGUUGAGUCUCCCCGCCUUUCUGGAGGCGCUGAGCAUGUGCAGAGAGACCGGGCCGAGCGAGGCUCCACCGGCACUAAGGGGCGGGGCAUCCUGCGCUCAACCAGUGGGAAGGCAGCGCCAGUGAACUCCGAUGGCCGCCCCUCCAGGGGUGGCCAACCAGGUCAUCCCAGCUUACGAAAGGCAGAGAGUACGCGUGUGAAGGGCAUGGUCCAGCCACGGGUCAGCCUCUCCUCCCAGAGUAAAGCCGUGUCUGUGUCUGAGCGUCUGGACAUCUCCUCCUCCAUGCUGCCCCGGGCCAGCAGCGUCAUAUCCACAGCCGAGGGCUCCACACGUCGGACCAGCAUCCACGACCUGCUGUCCAAAGACACCCGGCAGCCCGUGUCUGUGGACCCCUCACCCUCCUCAAAGGCCUUGCCUCGUGCCUACACCACGCCCAGUGAGUACCCCCCAACCAACAACCCCACCCAGUCCCAACAUCCCACCCACCAGUCCAUCCCCCUAGCCCCAGACCCCAUGCCCCUGUCCCUGCCGAAGUCAGUCAGUAUGCCCUGCACAGGUAGUCAGCACCCCCUCAGUUGUAAGGAAACUGACCUCUCCAGCCUCGAGUCUUUCUUUGGCUCGUCCUUCACAGUGGAGUCAGUGUUUAUGGACUCCAUCUUCAGUGAGCCAGCCUUCACAGGGUGCAGUAGCAAGAGCCACACCUUCCUUUCCCUCAACACCUCCCUGGUCAGUAACAUCAGCGGCCCCCCAGGCAAAACCCACCUCCGGCCCAACCCUGCCCAAACCGCCCAGAACCAACCAAAUGGGCUAAAGCCCAGCCCACCUGACCAGAAUGGGGAACAUGUCAUUGACACCAAUCAUGUGCUUGAUGCUGACCCAUCUCCACCCCUUAGCCCAGAGGACCAACAAUCGUUGUGGUAUGAGUAUGGCUGUGUCUGAAUGUGUGGCGUCCUGGUCAGCUACUGAUCUGGGACCUGCUUAAGGACCGGUGAUGGUCGGGGAGAAAGAAGGAACUCUGCAUGCAUUAUCAAAGCCCUAUCAUGCUAUGUUUUCCUUUGAGCUUUUAUGUUUGUUUUUUCAUGGCUGAUUUGUAAAUCCCUUUUCCUCACUCCUGGUUUGGUAUUUCCCUCCGUCUUAUGGAAAGUGGGGUUCUCUGGAUGUCUUUGCUUCAAAGGUCUGUUCACACUGUAUUUGGCUCACAUUAUAACUUUGCUUUAUGGGGGACAUCAAUAGCUGUUCUAGUUAUUUUAUUCAUUAUUUGCUAUUUCUUUUCGAAUCACAAAUACAUCUUCAGAAAACAUGCUGCAAAGCUACAUUAACUAUCAUUUGGAUGUUCAGUGCAUCUUUAAAACAUCUUCAUGUCAGAAGUCCUCCAGAAUUAGAAUGGAGCUCUGUUUAAUAAUAAAGCAAUGAGGCUUGUAGAACACGUCCCAUGAUAGGCUGACUGAGGAACACAUUAACUGUCAUUAUGUAAUCUAGCCCUUCAGAGGAAAGCAGUUUCACAUCUAUUAAAAUUAGAUAAAAUAUUUGGUUUCCCCUCUAUCUUCUUGGGUGUUUGGUAUGUGGGAGAACCCUGUCCUCUCUAAAGUACUGUGUCACAUGGCAUUACCAGUCUACUUCUACUGUGUCAAUCUCAAUGCAUAUUCACUGGACUGCAUGGCUUUAUUCUGUCUUGGUUUGUUCUGAUGCUCUCAUUUUGAUUGUUGUGAUCAAAAUGGUUUUGUUGUUUUGUGCAUAUGACACAUUUUUCUGUUCCAUUUCUUUUUCUGACCAAACCACUCUCAAUGUGGGGAUUCUGAUUGGGUGAAUUGGGGCUAAGGGAUUGUUUUUGAGGAAACGUAAUUCACAAAAUGAGCUGAGAGCAAUGUUACGUGUUUGAGAGAGAACAUUUUAAAGAUCGUUGAGUCUUGUGUUUUUGUUGCUCUAAGACAGCAUACAUAGUGGUGAGAGAAAUUUGCAAUUGAGACAAAUAUGAUGGCCAGAUUAUGUUGUGAAUGAAGGUUCCUCUACUCUUGGUUGUCAUGGUAUUGGAUCUGGGUAAAGCCUUGAAUGCUCAUGGCCACAAUACAAAUUCCAAUUGCACAAUAACACAUUUUAGGUUAUGUAUAUUUGUAGACUGACUACACCUUGUACAAACAGAUGUUUUAACAUUGAGUUAUAUUCAAGGACAGAAAGCACUCAUGUAUGCACAAGCAGUAGGAGUAGUAAUGUUAGUUAGAUUUUUAUUUCUGCUUUAUGUAUUUGCCAUUUUGAAAUAGUUUUAUUGUAUUUAUCUUGUGUAUCAACUAACUUUCAGCCUUUAUUCCGAUGUAAUAUGACAUGCCUUUGUUCUGCAGAUGUGGAAGUGUUACAAGAGCGCAGAAAGUCAAAAAGCAGUGGGGAGCAACAAAGCUCCUAAACAUUACUCAUCGGCUACCGUUAUGAGCUCAAGUGGUGAGUGCUACUCUGAGUCCAGUGGGGGGUGCUCCAUGGUAACUCGGUGGCGUAACAGAUGUCCCAUCCUGUUCAUGCUUGCUUAUGCUAUGCUGGUGUUGUAAAGGGCACAUGAAUGGAGCCUGGUCUGCAUGGCGUCCCUAAUAACAGGAGGUCCUGACCUGCUACACUCCCUCCUUCCCUGUUCCUCAGUGUAACGUGUUCAUAGCUGGCUUUUCUUUUACUUUUCUCUGCUGGUAUUCAGGAAAAACCACUGGUGGCUCUAUAGGAGGUUGUGAUCCCUUUGUGAACUUAUCUGCAGUGCUGCAUGGAUUGUGGGUCACGCAGCUGAAACCCCUCCCUGUCAAUGCAUGUAGACUGCUUUCCAGUGCGUCCAUAUAUAUGUUCAUCCUCUUCUCUGAUGUCAUCUGCCGCUAACCUCUUUUUCUGUCCUCUUCUCUCUUCUGUCUGCCUCCAACUCAGAGAGAAAAGUGACCUUCAAGCUGUCUGACUCUGAAGCCAUUUAAAUGUUGGUCUACUGAGAUGGUCUUCAGUGCGAAAAAAGAUUGUGUAAAACAAAAAUGUAUCUUUAUAUAUACUUUUUUUCAAACAAAAAAUCAAUUCUUCAAUAAAGAAAAGUAAACAUCCUCUUUUUCUCCUUGAAUCAAGGAAAUAAAACUCUUAAGACACAGUAUGUGGCGACAAUAGUUUUUCUAUAAGUGACUUUCUGGUAAAUUGCACUGCUAUGGUGUGACAGACUGCUAACAUGCACUCUACACGGACAUACUGUUUGUGCCAAUGUUCACGCAAAGCCAAAUGGGUGAACUUAAACGAGACCCUGAAGACUCCUUGUCCUCUGUGUGACUUUGAAUCAGCUGGAUUUUUUCUGUCUGCCAAUUGAUGCUAAUUAUACUUUUUUUUGUAAAUGAGCAUGCACAUGCAGCAACUUUCUGAGGAACAACUGAUGUCUACGUUCAACAAUCUGCACAGAAGGGAAAAAAAUGCAUGUGGGCACAGAACAAGGUCAAACACAAUGUGCAUGGAGCAAUCAACCUGCUUCUCUUCCAAUCAGAAUGGACGAUUGUUUUAAGUUGUGUUCCUCUGAAAUGCCAAAAUGACUCGUGGGAAGCCAUGCCAACUGUGAUUGACAUACAAUCCAAUCAUGAAGGUUGUGUGAGCUGAAUGGCACAGCUUUGUAUAUGUGUACAGUAUGUAUGUGGCUACUAUCAGAUUUCUGUCUGUGAUGAUGACCCUAGUGUUCAUUUCCUUUUCCACUUUUACAUAAAUCCAUUUGAUAAAAAUUC